AGGCGUGACAUCUUUUAGGUGUGGCUGAAGUACAGAAGAGAAGAGAUAGCAAAAGCUCAGGUUGCCCAGCCCGGUGGUGAUACAAUCUUCGGCAGAAUCAUUUGCAAGGAGAUUCCUGCAAAAAUAUUAUUUGAAGUUGAGUGUUUAUUGUAGAGUCUUUCAUUGUAGAGUGAGACUGCUUUAUUGAAAGAGUCACCAUGACCACUCCACUACUGAUGUUUGUUAUUCUCGCUCUACCCUGCUACAGCGCACCUGGGCAAAUCAAUCGUUUUGGACUUCCAGUCUCUGCCCAUAGUAGGGAUUUCUAUGUCAGAUCUCCCAGAGAUCAAGUAUGCGCCAGUGUGAACAUUGACAUUCUAGAGUUCACCUGCUGUGAAGGAGAACGGCACGAGGGGGCUGGGCAGUCCUGCUGUGGAAAGAGGUCCUUCAACCUCAUCCAGGCUUCAUGUUGUGAUGGUCAGCUGACUCCGCAUGUGAGCCAGCUGGUGUCAGAUUGCUGUGGCUCUAGGGCCUAUGAUCCACUCAACCAGCUAUGCUGUGACUUACAGAUUCUAACCAGGACCCAACCCCAUUCCAAGUGUUGUGGAAAAGAGCUUUACAAUAACGACCACCAGCUCUGCUGUGGACAUAUCAUUAAAGGAAGGAAGGUCCUGACCAAAAUGUCCCGUCACCACCUGUGCUGUGGAGACCACCAGUUUGAUCCGCGAAGCCACUGCUGCUGCCACAUCACUUACCCAUUAAACCCUCAGCCUCUCAAUGCAAGCUGCUGUGCUCCUGCCAUCCAGAAAGGGCCACAUCCUCCCCCAGCGCAAACUGUUCAGAACAAAAUAAUUGCUCAGAGUUCUCCAAACUGUAUGCCUGGGGAGAAGCCUUGUGGUCAAAGUGCCUGCUUUAACCCAAUAACAGAACGUUGCUGUGUGAACCCUACAUGUCUCCAGGGACAAAGUUACUCACAUGACCAGACCUGCUGUGAGGGAACACUCAGCCAUACUCCAGGUCACUACCAUAGUGCUAGCUGUGGCUCUAAGGUGUACAAUCCAGACAUCAAAACCUGCUGUUGCGGGAAGCUGUCCAAUAAGGUGCUUGGAGUAAACCUGUGCUGCGGUACAACUCCGUAUGGUGUAGAGGACCGAAGGGUGCUGUGCUGUAAACAGACCUUGCACCAUGUGGUGGUGGAUGGGUACCAGUGCUCCCCAGGUGGCCUCUUGUAUCGGCCAUCCCAUGAGAUAGUGUGUGGCUCACAAGUUCAUCGGAGCGAUCCAGGCAAACAUUGCUGUGGGGAGGAGACAUACUACCCUCAAUAUGAAAUCUGCUGCAACGGACACAAACACCACAGGUUGAGAAAUGUUUCCUGCUGCGGAUGGAAGGCCUACGACCCCAGCAGUGGACAGAUGAAGUGCUGUGCAGGGACUCUGUACAACCUGCAGGUUCAGGACAGGCUCUCAGGUGAGGCCCAGUGCUGUGGGAGUGUCCUGAUGGAGGCCGGCUCCACCCAGACCUGCUGUUCUGCCCCAGGCCUAGACCUGCUCUACCCUACCCAGCCAGGGUUCGCCUGCUGUGGGCACCGCUAUGCCAAUGCCUCCCUGUGGUCUUGCUGCGCCGGGGUCCUGCACCCAAGGCCUGAACCACACAACACCACCAAGAACGUGAUUCCAGGACCCAGACUUCUACCACUGGGGGAUCUGAAGACUGAAGUCCUGUGUCACAGCAGAGUUCUGGUAGGGACAGUGGAGAGUGUGUCCAUGAAUUUGAAUGAGUGGUCCAUCACGAUGGUGAACGCCAUGUACAUGCAGGCCUCGCGUGGCCAUGUCAGCGCCGUGCCUUCUCCUCACUACGUCACAUUACCGGACCACUGCAGCUUCCCUGAACUGGUGCCGGGCAACACUUACAUCUUGGUGAAAAAUUACUUCUCAGACACCAUAAGAUUCAUUUCUGAUCUCAGCGAUGAUUCCUACCCUCUCCGUUCCAUCCUUACCAUGUGCUGAACCUUUUUCUUGCCCAGAGUAAAGCUCUAAAUAAUGGUUGAAAGCUUUACAGUGUUUGUUUGCAAGUACAUUGUUAACAAUCAACGGUGUAAUAAAAAGCUCAUCUUGGGUUCAGAUGGGGUUCGACAAGUAGACAAUGUGUGUGAAGUGAAUAUCACAUAGUGCAGGAAAAAAAGCCUAUUUUAACCAAGCAUUUGUGUAGGUGUAUGACUUCACCAUGCAUCAAUUCAGGUGGUUUUGUGGGGAGUGGUUGCCUUUAUCCCAUCAUCAUACACGUACCACAUAAUCUGACACUUGAUCACAUUUUUGUUUGAUUAUUUCACUGCCAUACUGUGUUUGAUCUUGCCUAGCCAACUUGUCUCAAGUCCCAUACUUUAUUGUGUUAUCCUUUCGUAAUUAUCCUGUUUUUAUUCAUUUUAUUCAGAUUUUAUGAAUUUUAUCUUGCUGCUUUUUGUUCCAGGUUGCUCUGCGUGUGCUGAAACAUUGAUUAAUGUGCACUG